UCAUCGGUAAAACUUCUUCCUCUUCUUUUCUUGCACUAAAUCCCAAGUGCUCAUCAAUCCAUUGAUUUUGAGCAAUUUUCUUUUCCUUCAAAUUUGAAUAAAAAUGCCUAAACAGGAAAAUUGGAUUGACAUUCCCGGAGAUGGGAGAUGUUUGUUCCGCUCAGUAAUUCACGGCGCUUGGCUGAGGUCAGGGAAGCAGUCUCCGACUGAGAGCCGCCAGAAGGGUCUUGCUGAUGAACUCAGAGCGAAAGUUGUUGAUGAAUUCAUCAAGAGGCGGGCUGACACCGAAUGGUUCCUCGAGGGUGAUUUCGACAACUAUGUCGUGCAGAUGCGGCAACCUCAUAUUUGGGGAGGAGAACCCGAGCUGCUCAUGUGCUCACAUGUCCUACAGGCCCCUAUAACAGUUUACAUGAAGGAUAAGAAUUCUGGUACCCUCAAAAUUAUAUCCGAGUACGGUCAGGAAUACGGUGAGGAGAACCCCAUCCGAGUUCUGUAUCACAGUUAUGGACACUAUGAUGUACUGAUGAGUCCAGUAAGCAGCGCCUCUUCUAAACUGUCUACGGUAAUGAACACUGAUAGUAGUCUUCUUGCUGGCUUUGGCGGGUGGAAGAAAAGAUGACUUGUGGAUAAUUGCACUGUCAAAUGGGUGAUGCCAGGAGUUAUGAACCCUGAAUAAUCUUAUAUGAAAUGGUCUCUUGUAAAUUUGACCAUGUGAUUUAGAUUAAUGGUCCAUGACCUUACAAAUGAACCCUUAAAUAUCAUAUAACAUGUGAAGAAGAUUUUAAGGUAUCUUUGCAAUCUUCUUCCCUUUUACUAACAACCGUCCAAUAGGCGAUACGGAUUAGUAGUCCGUAACAUAUGUAGGAUGAUUUGAAGGAAAAUACUAAUUUUUUCUCAUCUCCAACAAAACUCAAAAGCUUAAUAAACCGGCCUAUGAAAACAUGCAUAUAUAUACAAAAACAUGUUUGGUGAGAGUACAGGGGGAGAGAAAAGAAACAUUGCUACUCACCAUCCUUCCAUAUCUCUCGGAUUAGCUCAUAUCUAACAACUUUCCGGCCUCCCUUUCCCGUUCUCAUCCAAUUGGGUUCUUUUGAAG